GUCGCUAGUAUCAGUUUCAAUCCACUGCAGUCUAAACGAGGCUUGUCAAACUCAGCAACUUCCUUGACAGAUUCUUUCCUUUCGUAUAUGCUCGCAAGAUGGCUCGAGGUCCCAAGAAGCAUUUGAAGCGUUUAAAUGCCCCCAAGGCAUGGAUGUUGGACAAAUUGGGAGGCGUGUUCGCUCCCCGUCCAUCAACCGGCCCACACAAGUUGCGCGAGUCCUUGCCGCUGUUGAUUUUCUUGAGAAAUCGCUUGAAGUAUGCCCUGACCGGGUCCGAAGUCACCAAGAUCGUGAUGCAGAGACUUAUCAAGGUCGACGGUAAGGUCCGUACCGACCCAACAUUCCCUGCUGGAUUCAUGGAUGUUAUCACCAUUGAGAAGACUGGCGAAUUCUUCCGUCUUGUCUACGAUGUCAAGGGACGUUUCACCAUCCAUCGGAUCUCUGCUGAGGAAGCCAAGUACAAAUUGUGCAAGGUCCGCAAGACUCAACUCGGCCACAAGGGAAUCCCAUUCCUCGUCACACACGACGGUCGCACAAUCCGUUACCCUGAUCCAUUGAUCAAGGCUCACGAUACCGUUCAAUUGGACUUGGCCAGCGGCAAAAUCACCGACCACAUCAAAUUCGAUUCAGGCAAUCUUUGCAUGAUCACUGGAGGUCGUAACUUGGGGCGUGUCGGUUACAUUGUUAACCGUGAAAGACAUCCUGGAUCCUUCGAUAUUGUCCAUAUCAAGGAUACACAAGGACACGUUUUCGCCACUAGAUUGACCAAUGUGUUUGUCAUUGGCAAGGGUGCUCGUCCAUACAUCUCGCUGCCAAAGGGCAAGGGUGUCAAAUUGAGUAUCGCCGAAGAACGCGACAAACGAUUGGCUGCCAAAGCUGGUCAUUAAUUUUAUAUACACAUAAAAAAUGUAAAAUAAAACAAUU